GUCGGCGCUCUAGGCGGCGUCGCGGAUUGGUUCUCAGUGGUGCUUCCGGGCGGUGCUUCCGGGCGCGCCUGCGCACUCGCUGCCUCCGCGACCUGCCUGCCGCCGGUACGCCAGCCGUGUCCCACACGUGUGUCCCUCUGUCCCUCGCCAUGUACGCCUGUGCAAAGUUCAUCUCCGCUCCUGCACUAGUGAGGAGGAGCUCGCGGGUGCUGUGCCAGCCCCUCUCUGCCUCCGUGCUGAGCAGCCCCGAGGCCCGGACGGAGCAGGCACAGCCAGGCACCCACCGGGCCAUCCAGACGAGCGCAGCCCACCGGGACAUCGACACCGCCGCCAAGUUCAUCGGUGCCGGUGCUGCCACCGUGGGGGUGGCUGGCUCCGGGGCUGGCAUCGGCACCGUCUUCGGCAGCCUCAUCAUCGGCUACGCCAGGAACCCCUCGCUUAAACAGCAGCUGUUCUCCUACGCCAUCUUGGGCUUUGCCCUCUCGGAGGCCAUGGGGCUCUUCUGCCUCAUGGUGGCCUUCCUCAUCCUCUUCGCCAUGUGACAGAGCUGGUGACGGUGCCGCCGCCCCGCUGUGCCCGGUCCCCUGCCCAGCCGUGAAUGCCGGCUGGGGGGUAGAGGAGAGCCCCGGCCCCGCCACGGACGGGAGGGGAAUAAAGACGGUUUGAUAACGGA